UCUAACAGGCUUUUAACCAAACCAAAUGCUUUGGAGGACUAAACCACGGUUUUCUCGGGCUAGGUGUGUUUGACUGAAACACACCAAAACCCAAAGCCGAUCUUGGAAGUACCCCUACCCCCACAAACUUCACUACCAUACUACACAACACAGCAGUCGCUUCACUCUCGCUAAGGCAACGGUUGCUACCUCUUUUCUUCUCCCCUGACCAGGGAUCGACCACACCACCACACUCACACGAAAAAUAUUGAAGGACACCAUCUGUUCCGCGCUGUCUCUGUGGUUCUAGGCUUUGCUUUAGAUGGCUGGGAGGGAGAGUUUUUUCGAGGGGAAUCAUCUUGUACCAGAGGGCAAUCCUCCUAGUUUCUCUGAAUUGCUCUUCUCUAAUGAUGAUGAUUUUGUGGGUGUUGAUGUAGCCCAUGCUUUCCAUUUCUCUUCCGUUGAAAAGUCUCCCACAAUGCUUUGUUUUGGGGGAUGCAAUUAUCGAAAUGAAAGUGAAAUUGUGAUGUUUAGUGAAGAAACAAAAACUGCCCCUCAACCUCAAAUCUCUGGGGUUACAUGCAGUGACUCGUCUUCUGCUUCAUCUUGCAACAACAACUGCAGCAAUGUUGAUGUAAUCAGUACCAUCUCCAAAUCAAAUAGAAAAAGAAACGGGUCAAGCCAAGAAGUACCAAUGAAGCGCACCAACACCGUAGCCAAAACUCCUUUUCUAAGUCAGAGAAACAGCAAAAGGACCGAAACUAAGAAUCCCGGAUCAACUGCAAAUGCAAAGGUGAAGAGAGAGAAGCUAGGAGACAGAAUCGCUGCAUUGCAAGAGCUUGUAUCACCCUUUGGCAAGACAGACACAGCAUCAGUGCUACAUGAAGCGAUGGGAUACAUCAGGUUCCUACAAGAUCAGGUUAAGGUUCUGUGCACUCCUUACCUGCAAAACCUACCCGAAGGCGGAGAAAACGGAGGAGAUGAAUCGAUAAAGAAUCUGAGGAGCAGGGGAUUGUGUCUGGUCUCCGUGGACUGCACUCUACCCGUCGCAAACAGCAAUGGAGCUGAUUUCUGGUCACCAGCUACAAUGGGGAACUGACUCUCAUCAAGUAAACAGUGAAUCUAUACUAACUAACCAUUAAGUUUUUGAGAUCCUAGCUAGCUAAAGUUGGAAAAAGGUCAAGAAAGGGAAAAAAGACAGGAAGUAAAGUUCAAAAGGACUCCUAUAUGAUGGAAAAAAAUCGAACUUCUGGUGAAAAGAGUUUGCUGCCCAUUUUUUAUGUAAAUUAGAUGAAAGUUUUGGAAGGGUAAUGAAAAGUGGAGAAGGGAAAAAGGAGGAUGCUUCUCUACUCGUUUUGGGGUGGGAGGAUGCAUGUGGCCUUUAUGGCAUAGAUGCUUGCUAGCAUGGCCUCCACCUGUAAAUUUUCCAGGGUUUACCAGUUAUCAAUGCGAAUUCUGAUAAGAA